UUUACGUCACAAAAUAAGCACAUUCAGAUUUGACAGGAUGAAUAAACGCUGCUUCCACCACCACGACCACCACGAAACCCAAAACUAACUGGAGCAUGGAUAUAUUUGAUACCAGAGGAGUCCAGUCGUUGAAACGACACUUUACAAACUGGUGGUAAUUUGCAGAUUGGAUAAUAUUCCAAGAAAUUCAAUCCCAUACUUUCCCCACAUUUCAUUCCAUCUUCUAUCCGAAAAAAUAUCAUUUUUUUCUUCACCACCAACAUGUGCAACAGUUUGCGUCACGUUUUCUCCGAAAUCAAAGCUAUGCAAGAUAGUUAUAUAUCCGCAGGACUGGAAGUGAAUGAAUUGAUAUAUAAAUAUGACGGGACUCAACGCGUGUUCAUUAUUUACUGCCCCCUAUUUCAACGACGGGGUGUAUAUAAAAAAGAAAAAAGUAUGCCGACUUUUCCAAAUUUUUAUCAUGAAAAAUUAUCAUUCUUUCAAGUACUUUCAGCUAUUUAACGUCACUCUUCAUAAUUACGGACAAAGUGGUGGGGACGGACAAUCCUUCUCUUCAAAGCGCAAUGGCCGCGGAAGGACAGAGGGACAAUGUCCCCACGGUCCGCAUCAUCUCCCCAUUUUAUAUAAACCCGGCCCUUCCCCCAUCCUACAAUGUUAAUGUCCCCACAGUUUCCGCGGCCACUGCUGAAGCGCUACAUACUUUAGUUUGAAGGAACCUGACUUAUUUGCCUCCCAAACUAUCGAAGCGGAUCUGAAUUUGCAAAACCUAAAAGAACAAGAAGAACGGAAGGAAGGAAGGAAAAGCCACACCAUUUUCCGGACCAAGCGUGUCAAAAGGAAAGUUAGUGGCUACUAAGUAAGGAAUCCUGCUGCUACGGCUGUUAUGGGGCGAACAGGAUAAAACCCUCAUUCGGAUAUCUAUCCUACCCAGUCUCGCAUUGUCCCCGGUUGUUCUCUGUUCUCUGUUCUCUUGGUGAAAAGCAGAGAAACUUGCAACCUUUCGCUCAGUCCACGACUGAACUCCAAAGAUUGUCAUCCACAAUAUUUUGCAAUUGUUCAUCCACUAACCUACAUACGUGCAAAAUACGUAUGUACGAUCAUCAAUAGAACGAGGAAAAACAGUCCGUCGGUCGGUCUCAACUUGCUAAUAAAAAAAUACAAGAUACAAAAAUAUUGACAAAAUAAUUCUCGCAAUUGAGUAUAUAUUUAGAUUUAAUUACGCCUCGUAGAGUGCAUCUGGUCAUUCAUUCAUGUAGAUAUGUUUAUGCACUUAUUUAUUGUUUAAUUUAACUGGAAAAGUUUAUAAUAGUGGCGUCGUCGUCGUAUUUAUGGAGCAGAAGACGACGGAGAAUAGGACGCUUGCUUGACUAAUAAGCACAGUUAAAGAGUUAGAUUGCCUCCAAUUGCAGGAUUUGUGUGUGUCGUAUCUUGAAUCCUUCUUAUUCACUGCGAUAUUCUUAAGAGAACUUUGUCCCAGUAAAGUGAUCCAGUUUCACAUUGACUCAAUUAUUUGUGCAUUUCUACGUAUGUAAGUAACUGAUCCAUUAGUUAGUAGUAUCCAAUCCAAUCCAAUUCACCCCGUCAUCAUAAUAAGACUGGAUUUUACACUCUACAAAAGUGAAUUUGUGACUCAUUUUCGAUAAACUCUGAAGUAAGUGGAGUUGAACGAGUAAUAAGGUUAUCAAGGUUUGAGGACAACUAAACUUGUGCAUCAGUCUCUUCCUUGUGGACCAUCUCGUGGACUCGUAUACUGAUUACAAGCUACAACUGCCGCAGCUGCCUAUGAGCGAGAGAACGAGGACCAUGUCGAAUUGAAGUAUUUAUGACGCUCUUGCACCACCAACAAGCGACGCCUCCCUUUUAAACUCGACUCUUCUCCCCAUUAUUGACGGUCCAAUGAGUACUUUUGCACCACAAAAUAGGGUACAACAACACUGGACAGACAAGGACUCCUCUGCCUCAGCCUCCAGCGAGUCGUCAUCAUCAUCCGCCCCAUUUAUUUGAACCAUGCAUGUUCCAGACAACAUGACAUAACAGCCAAGCGGUCCAAAUUCGAGAGAAGAAAAUACCAAAAAACAAAGAAACGGGGUCAAGUGUACAGGACAAUAGAAUCCGACGAAAUAAUAACCACCAACUGUUGUGCUGCGGAUCAUAAAAGUAAUGCUAAAUCCUCAAAUUUCCGGAGGAGAACAACCACCAAUGUUCACACUUUAUUAGGACGACGCCACUUCUGAAAAGGUCACAGGAUUCAAUUUCGUUGUCGCAUCAGGAGUGGCAUAAAAGAAGAAAAAUAGAUAUAGAUUCCAGUCCUGAAUGAAUCCUGUCACACGAGUCGCAUCAUCCCGAUCAAAUUAAAUGAUGAUGAGUGGACCGAGUAGUGACACUGGCAGCAGCAUCGUUUAUUUUACCCACGCCUCCUCCUCCGCCAUGGCGUUCACCUCGUCGUCGUCGCCAUCAUCGAGGAACGUCACGUCGUCCUCGUCAUUUCCCACGAUGACGACAAUGCCCGAUGGGGGAACGGGGGGACCUUCAACCGUUUCAAUGUUUCAGUCAUCCUUCGACGUGACUGGGUCGUCGACCAUGCAACCCCCACAGAAAUCGGGAGAUUACCAGCAGUUGAGCGUGGCUUACACGGCCAGCGAAGGAGUCGUCUCCCUCUUGGCGAUUUUUGGCAAUGCCCUCGUCGUCUACGUCUUCUGUACGAAUCGGAGUCUCCGAAGGUACAGGAAUUACUACAUUUUUGCCCUUGCCAUUGCCGACUUUCUGGUCGGCCUGUUGGGAAUCCCCUUCGCCGUCUUGUCCAGCAUUGGGCUUCCCCGAAAUCUGUACGGCUGUCUCUUCACCGUCUCCAUCCUCAUGGUUCUCUGCACUAUUUCGAUCCUCUGCCUCGUCGCCGUGAGUAUCGACAGGUAUUGGGCAACCACCAACCCGUUCGCGUACUAUCGCCAUAUGACAACUUCUACUGCAGUGGGAAUAAUUCUGUCGUGCUGGAUUGUGGGGGCCAUUAUCGGAUUCCUCCCACUCUUCGGAUGGUACAACCAGCAAGGAUGGCUGCACAUUGCGAAGGGCUCCUGCUACUUCCGCCAAGUCAUGGACUACAACUACCUGGUCUUCCUCUACUUUGCGACCAUCGUCUUCCCCGCUAUUCUCAUGGGAUGCUUUUAUGGAUACAUUUACCACGUCGUUCUCAUCAAGAUCCGUCAAAAAGGCAACCUGGCCCCACAGUUGCGCCGACCAUCAGAACAAUCUCGGUCUGGAUCUUUAAACUCGGACAACAGAGGGGCAUCUCAAAUCCUUCGAAUUGUUGUUUCCGAGAAGCGAAGGGAAGCCAAGGCAGCCCAUAAACUUGGAAUAAUCGUCCUAUUUUUCAUGAUCUGCUGGAUGCCCUUGUACACCAUCAACUGCAUCACGGCUUUCUUCCCCGACACCGAGUUUAGCAUCGAAGUGCUCAAUUUCACCGUCAUUCUAUCCCACGCCAACAGCAGUUUAAACCCACUCCUGUACGCCUACCAUCUCAAAGAGUUCCGCGGUGCUAUGAAGAACGCUUUGCUGCAGCUUUUCGAAAAACUUUUGUGCGGUUUGAUGGGUGGUCGAUUAACGAAAGAUGCUGGACCAUUAAGUAGGAGCCAUACCUUACCAUCAAUUGCCGCCGCGGCAGCCACGACCACUUCGUCGUCGGGCCGAAUCUGCACAAAACUGCGUCGCUCAUCCCCCUCAAAUAUUGUCAAGGAUAACACCUCAUCAGCAUCGAGAUCUAUCCAAAUCUCGCCAAGGCAAGGGCUCAUCAUGUCAAAUUCGGGUCGAGACCACCCACACAAUCUCACCACGACCACCUCGACGGAAAAAUCCUUCACCAGCUUGUCCAGCGAGGAGAACCUUCGGGUAGCAUUCCAAGAUGAGUUUCGCACCACCCAAAUCUCACCCGGAAAGAAGAUUGAGCCCGAUGCCGUCGAACUGAUGGAUGCCGUCAAGAAUUCCAAUAUCGAACAGGACCAAACAACAAUUCAGGAGAACAGAAUUAGUCAUGGGAUUGAGAUUCAUGUCGUGAACGAGGAUGGCGAGGUGGGUGAAGGAGACGAUGGCGAGGAGGAGGAUGUUGUUGGUGGCAAGUCGGAAAAGAAAGCGGUUCAUCAGAAGACCAGCACGGAAGUGGAUGAUAGGAAUGGAAACAUUCCCACUGCUGGGAACACUAAUGAAUUGGAUGCUAUCACAAUGGCGUAGGAGAGUUAAGGGAUGACGCCCCUUUUAAAAAAAUGUAUAACACGAUGGGAUAAACUGGUUGCUGAUGCUGUUAUUAUUAGCUAAAAAAUAACAGCAUAUCACUUGAUAGUUAUGUUUUAGAUGAUUAUUUUUGUUUCGUAACAGUAUCGGUUUUAGCUCAAUUUUGGUGAAAUAGAAGUCAUAUGUAGCAGUUUGCUAAAUGGUGAUGUAUAACUUAAGAAAGUAUUAUUUACCCUGUUGAUCAGUGUUAGUGUUACGUAACUUGGUUCUACGCUACACUAUUUUAAAUUCAAUUUAAAAUCUGUACCUUUCCAAAGUGAUGGAUUGAUUUAGUUUAAUCUGGGAAGAUAUGUUUUAUCGCUCAGUUUACAAUUUGCAAUCCAACCUUUUUCCACACUGACUUUGUUAAAUUGCCCGUUUUUGCGACGAAUUGUGCCGUGGAACGCAGAACUUGGAAGGAAGAAAGAAAGCAAGAAGGGAACAAAUAUGUAGUAGCAGUUGAAUGACGGGCUUCUUUUACUGAUGGUGUAAAGGAAGAGAGAAAGUGCAAAGGCUGGCAGAGCAAGUAACGCUGCCUCCGAUUUUCUGAUGGUCAAUGCCAAUCUACGAAACCAUUUAUUAACCUGGUCAAUCGACACUGAACGUAUUUAUGUAACCGAUUUUGGCAGAACGCUGCAGGUGUCCAAAGGAAAGGCGGCGUUCGCCCAGAAACGUAUAUAGUAUUAGCAUCAUUUCUUUAGUAUCAUCACUGCUUUAAAGUCAUUGUAAGGGGAAUAUACAUAGCUUAGCUGAGAAUUUCGUAUCCAAUUAAAAAAAAUAUGUAUCACCACAAUAUUCCAAACCUUCUCAGGUAUCACUGCAUUUUGGGAAGGUAAACUUGUAUACCGUAUUUUUGAAGUCAUGCUUUUAAAGGGGGGUUCUUAUGUUUACCGGUUUUCUGACACAUGUGGAUGGAUGGAUGAAUGAAAGCCGUGAACCCGUCAACAUUCACGAUCCUUCAUCUUCACCGUUUUCCUGGAAUAAAUGUAGGAUCGUGAUGAUACAGAAGCUUCAGGGACACGCAGUAGGCAUAGACUUACUGGAUAUCAUUAUAGACUUUGGUGCGUGGGUGAAAGUUUUGACUUGGACGGGUCGUUAACUUCACAGAAUUAUAGAUUGGUCUGGGAGAAGUCAAGGUCAGCAGGUUUUUGAUAAAUUAUGUGACUACGUGGUGCCAGAGCACAUACAACAAAUUCUUGGAAGCAGUUUUCACUUUUCAUCGUCUCUCUCUCUUUCUCCGAGAAACUCGAUGAACAACAAUUAACCAGAGUUAUUAAUUAGUCGAAAAGUUUUCGUGGUUAACUACAAAUUGUGCUUGAAGUUUAUUAGACAAAUGUCACCACGACUUGGGGAGGCAAAUGUAGACUAAUGAUACUUAGGAAUAGCUUAACUUGAUGUCCUACAGGCUCUUGUGUUUCGUAAAAAUUUGCUGUGAAGGUAUCCAGUUCUGAAUGUUUGCAUGCGUUAUUUCGUGUUAUGUGCAAGUGUAUAAAGUAUGUUCAAAGUUUAUUUCUAUAUCUCACUACUAAAGUAUAUCUAAUAAUUUAUAUAUAAUGCAUAGAUAGAUAGUUCAUAAUAUGAGCGUAGUAAUGAUAAUUUUUAGUCGCAAACUUGACAAAUGUUUUCGAAAUCAUGACCUGUGUGUACCUACAUAAUUCUUCAAUGAUGAUAAAAUGCAUUCAAUUUUAGUAGAAACGUAGAAAAUUAUCUGUAUUUAGAUGAAAAUGAGACUAAAUUAGAGUAUGCAUACAUUAAUUAAUUAUGCAGGAGAGAAUUUCAGAAUUGAUUUUAGAUUAACUUAACUUGACAAAGUGUUACAUAGUUAUUGAAUUAGUAUAAUUAAAGUAAUAGUUUAUCGUACUUAAUUAAAUAAAGUAUAUUUAAAUCCUAUUUCUCACUUUCGGCAAAAAAAUCAACUCUCUCUUUCUCCAACCCAAUUGACAAAUACUUUAAACACCAAUGUAUAAUUAUCAUUGAACGUUAAAAUUACUCGGUAGUAAUGUUAUUAAGUAGUUGUAGUUCUUAAUUAAAUGAUAAACUACUUACAUAUUAAAUAUGACUCUCUGAUAAGUUUUAAAAUACCGAUAUUGUGGUAUAUUUGGUAUAUUGUGUUUCAAAAUUUAUGUAGAAAAAUGAGACAUUAUGAAUUAUUUGCAGUUUACAGUUUACUUUUACCCAUUAUUUAUUGAAGAAAAUGAUCUCAUAUACUUAAAUCUCAAUCUUAAUGUUAUGUAUGUACAUAAAAUCUUAAUGUUACUGGAAUUGACGUGAUAUUUGAGCAACAAUAAAUAAAAUGAACCAAUAUAAUUCAGGCA